AUAAUCGGUUAUCCGAACAACCCCAGUCCCCAAUUGAUUCGGAUAAACGACGCUCUACUGUUAUUUGAAAAACGUUUCCUCACUCCUUUAACAUCCGAAAUUCGUUAGAAAACGCGAUACACUGUACGCAUAAAACGCAAUUAAGAGGACAGCAGCGCCAAAUUUAGAAAAAAUUAUAAAUGUAUUUGCCGAUGCGGGAAUCGGAAAAUUAAACUCGAAGUAAAGAAAAUACGACAUUUUAAUUCUGUGUUAAUUUUUUAAUCAAACUCACUGGACCAAGGUCUUACAUUUGUGAGGUCUCGUAACAUUUGUUACAAAUCUUAUACCGAAUUCGAGUGCCUUUCACGUGUAUUAACGGAGGGGGGAGACUUUGAAACUUUCAUUUUUCUGUGUUAUUUCCUCAUCUGAAUAUUGUAUGAGUUACAUGACCAGAAAAUGACAUCUUUAUGACUGUAGGGUCACGCGUUAUAAGUUAGCCAAUAAGCAUUCGCCUACUAAAAGUAAAAUAAACGGUAAUUGGUCUAACUGUAACUCCUUGAUCAUUGGUUGGGAAUACGAGAUUUGUUCUUAAGCGUGCCACUUUUUCGGUUUUAAUGUAUGUCUCGUUUAAAAGAUAAUUAAGUAUUAAAUUAAAAUUUAAAGAAAUUAUUUUAUUUAUCUUAAACAUUUCGUCGGAAAUUUCGCCUUCCGUUAUCGCCGCAGAUAAUAAAUACGACGUCAUAAAAACGUCAAAGUUACUAGAGAUUAUUUAGAAUAUCCCAACGAGUUCGUCAUUCGUCAUGCAGCCUGCGACAAGUAAUAUUAAUCGUCAUACUAUUCAGUUGUAUACAACUAAUAUGGAAGCGAACACGCAAACGUCGAAUUUACUUUUAUAUCGUCGAAUAUUUUAUUUUUCAACUUAUUUAGUGUUUUUGGGUGUAUUUUCUUCCAUCACAGGAAUCGUAAUGAUGACCGUUUAUAAUCCUCGAUUUUACGAUUCUUUCUCUAUGAAACAAGAUUCGGUUCGUCAAGUGGGGGAAAUUGUGUUAGCUUUCGGCAUACUCUUCAUCGUGGUAUCCGUAAUUUGUUUCUGUGUAGUCACAAUUAAGACUAAGAAGCGUACGUUGAACGUAAAUAGAUGGCAACGAAAUUCUACGUAUUCUGUUCCUCUACCGGAUCCUUCCACCGACUUCGUAGCUCACGUAUUUGAAAACGACAUUUCUGGUAAUCCGUCGUACUUGUUUCCGACCGAUCGUCGUGUUUCUCCUAUAACCAUUGACGAUAAGCCGCCGUGUUAUUAUUGUGUGAUGCAACAAAUUAGGCCUUCGGAGUGUUUAAAUUGCAAGUUAGUUUCAUCUGCAAGAUGAAUUGCACGUUGCAAUUGUCACACUGCAUUUCUUCUGAUUAUAAGUGUUGUAUCUCCAUACACCAGUGAGGAACUAUCAGAAUUUUCACAAUUGUAAGUUGUAAAGAAAUUUAAUUGUGAACGAACAGAUGAGGAAGAAGACUUGCUAAUUUUUUCUGAAAAUCAAUUAGCAAUUUUAAAAGUUUUUAUCAUCGAUAUAAAAUUUGUUAAUAUACUGUAUUUAAUGACUUUAAAAUGAUACAAAAAUUUUAGAGAUGAUGUGGAGAAGAACGUAUUGUAUAUUUUAGAAGCUGUUGUGUUCGCUUGAUUUUCUAAUUUUUAUAUUAAAAAAAUAACUUUAAAUAUUGAAUUAAAAAACAAACAGGCUGUGCUCUCUCAUUGUAACUCGCUAAAUCCUUUAUGGACUGCCCGAGUGCUCUCUAUAGAUUUUAUUGUAUUAUGCAUAGACAGUUUAGAUGGAUAUUCAAAAUGCCAAUGUCUGUUUACAAUAUGCAAUCCCGCAACCACUUAAAUUAACGUUGGCGAAACUAUCACAGGACAUAAAACAGGAAUGGGAAGGAAAUUUAAAAUAUGGUUACGUGUUGCUAAGAAAUACAGAAUGCCUCAAAAAUCAGUUAACUGUUGUAAAGACUAAAUUGCCGUCUUAUUCAAAUAUUUUCUUGCUUGCAAACUUGAAACUGUUCAAGAUUGUUAGUUCGAUACAAUAAUCACGCUUUACUAU